UGAAAUUGUGAGCGCCUUCAAUAAAGUAAGAUGUCGGUAUUUGGUAAAUGAAAAUACAUUUGAAGAAAACAAAAGCAAACCCAAAACAGAAAAAUCUUUGAGUUAUACCCAAAAAUAAAUCUUGGCGGUUGCCUAGUUAGAAGUCGGUAGAUUGCAUGACCUAAAGACUCACUGACUUGGCCUUCACAAUCCCUAUUGAAUCGAGAUUUUCUCUCCAGCUGAAAAUUUCUGCUGACCACUGAAAACCGCGUGCUUCCGAUCAUGGGGAACGCCUACUGUGUGUUGUGCGCGUGCGUGGACCAAGCUAGCGUAGGAGUCGUCGAGAGGUGGGGGCGCUUCGACCGCCUCGCGCAGCCUGGCCUCCACUGCUUCAACUUCCCCGGCGGCGAAUACCUCGCCGGAGUUCUCUCCACCAGGAUCCAAUCUCUCGACGUCAAAAUUGAGACUAAAACUAAGGACAAUGUCUUUGUUCAACUGCACUGUUCAAUUCAAUACAGGGUGAUCAAGGAAAAUGCAGAUGAUGCUUUUUAUGAAUUGCAAAAUCCUGAAGAGCAGAUUCAAGCUUAUGUAUUUGAUGUGGUCCGAGCUCAUGUUCCAAGAAUGACUCUGGAUGAGGUGUUUGAACAAAAGAGUGAUGUAGCUCAAGCAGUUUCAGAGGAACUUGAAAAGGUCAUGGGAGCAUAUGGGUAUAACAUAGAGCACAUAUUGAUGGUUGACAUUAUUCCUGACCCCUCUGUGCGGAAAGCAAUGAACGAGAUUAAUGCAGCUCAAAGGAUGCAACUUGCUAGUGUAUACAAGGGAGAGGCAGAGAAGAUUCUCCAGGUGAAGAAAGCAGAAGCAGAAGCUGAAGCCAAGUAUCUUGGUGGAGUCGGGGUUGCGAGACAGAGACAGGCAAUUACCGAUGGGCUUAGGGAGAACAUCUUGAACUUCUCGGACAAGAUUGAGGGUACUUCAGCAAAGGAGGUUAUGGAUCUUAUCAUGAUCACCCAGUACUUUGACACGAUCAAGGACCUCGGGAAUAGCUCAAAGAACACUACAGUUUUCAUACCCCAUGGUCCUGGUCAUGUGCGGGAUAUCGGUGAACAGAUACGUAACGGCAUGAUGCAGGGAGCAAGUGCACAACUUAUUGAUAUUGAUCAGUAAUCCACCUGUUCUCUUAUUAUCCUCAAUAAAAAGUUUCAUGAGAUAUGGUGACCAAAUAUAUGUACAUGGUUUUAUGAAAUGUUAUGUCGUGUUAGCUGCCGGGGAACGAUACUGGAGAAAUAGUCGGACAAAAGUUACUCAUGAUUUUACCAUUCAUAUAUUUACGUGCAAAGCUGUUAUUUGAUACUAUUA